AUGAGUACAUCAACAACAUCGAGUACAUCAACAACCACUACCGCUACUACUACAAGUAAUCUAGCAUCAAAGACAUUGGUUAUUGACAAUGGAGCACAUUCUAUCAAAAUAGCAUAUGCAAAUAGUCAAUCAUCGGCUGAUACAUCAAAUCUCAUUCAACCAAUAGUAAUACCUAAUCAAGUAGGAAAGACAAAAAAGGAAAAGAAAUAUAUAUUGGGAGAUGAUUUGGCAAAGUUUCAUAAUGCAUCAGAGAUUAGAUUACGUAACCCAAUGGAUCAUGGAUACAUUUGUAGUUGGGGAAUAGAGAAAGAGAUUUGGGAUUACUUGUUCAAAAGAGAUGAUCUCAAAGUAAAACCAUCAGAAACAAAUUUAUUAAUGACAGAAGCACCAUUUGCAAUGGAUGAUAUUAGAAAGGCAUUAUAUGAAACUGUUUAUGAACAAUAUAAAUUUAAAUCUUUAUGUUUAACUUCUUCAUCAACAUUGGGAUUAUUAAAUUAUAAAUCAGAAAAUACUACACUUCCGAUAUACUCUUCACCAUGUCAUUUGGUAGUUGAUUGUGGAUACUCUUCAACACACAUUGUUCCUCACUUUCUUGGCAAUCGAUUAAAUUAUGCUGUCAAGCGUGUAAAUGUUGGUGGAAAGAUUCUUACAAACUAUCUAAAGGAAAUCGUUUCAUUUAGAUAUUGGGAUAUGAUGCAUGAAACUAGAUUGAUCAACACUAUCAAAGAACGCGUAUGCUAUAUAUCACAAGAUUUCAUGGGCGAUUUGAUGAAAUGUAAAGAUGAAUCUUCAUCAAUCACUGUCGAUUAUGUUUUACCAGAUUAUAGAAAUAAUAAUAAUACUGGUUUUAUAAAGAAUGAACCAUAUUAUCCUGUAUCAAUUACUAAAAAAAGUUACUUUGGUCAUCCAAAUAAACACCAAAAAGAACAAAAAGAAGAAGAAGAAGAAAAAGAUAAUACUGAUGAACAAGACAAAGAGAUGACAGAUGAUCAAGAAACAACAAAUACUACAACAACAGAGGAACCAGAAGAGCAAAUAUUGGAAUUGACAAAUGAAAGAUUUACAGUUCCAGAAUUACUUUUUAAUCCAUCUGAUAUUGGUAUUAAUCAAGGUGGCAUUGCUGAGAGUAUUGUACAGUCUAUCAAUUCAACCAACAUUAAUAUGCAUCAACCUCUCUAUUCCAAUAUUCUACUUUUGGGUGGAUCUACUCUCUACCCAGGAUUUAAAGAAAGAUUGGAAAAUGAUCUUAGAAAACUUGCACCAGAUGAUUUACCAAUCAAAAUUUAUACUACAGAAGAUCCUAUAAUGGCACCAGUUUAUGGAGGUAUGAAAAUGGCAUUACAAAAUGAUUUCUCUAGAUUAUCAGUUACAAAAGCAGAAUAUGAAGAACAUGGUUACAUAUUAUGUAAUAGAAAGUUUAAUUAA